AUGAUAUGUAUCCAAUUAUCUGAACUCUUCGCCAACCUUAGCUCCUCGCAUUCAUCACUUAGUCGAAUACUAAGUACCCAACUUGAUCAGCAACUCCCAAGGUAAGAGACACACCCCCAUCACCUUACUAACAUCCUAUCUAGACAACCACCAACAUCAACAUGUCCUCGCCACUAAAACCACCAACGCCAUCCUCGACCUUCCCUUGCCGAGGCGCAACAGCCUACACCUCAACCUCAGGCCCAAUCCACGCUCUCCGCCUCGAAUUCCUCAACCACCUCCGCGCCAGCCCAGAUUACGAAUCCUGCAUGCCGACCCUGAUAACCCCGGAACUCGCAACAGACUGGGACGCUCACUACCUCCUCCCAAACCCCUACCGAAAUCCACCGACACGCAACUCCAUAGCUAACCCCCUUCGCGUCUUCCAGACCGAAAUCCACACAGUCUGGGACCCGUAUAAACUCGCCGCAUGA